GUAACUCACUUGUCGGAUCUCUGACCUAGGUCACUCCCUUUACUUGCACUUAGCUGAAUCUGUCAUUUCAUUAUGCACGGGAGCAUCUCUAAAAACGUGGGGAGCCUUGUGCAGAUAAUUGAGCUCUCUUACUUUUAUACCAGAGUGAAAUGAAUAUUCAGGACACUAUUGGGUGGCAGAGCAAAGACAUCUUGUGCCCUAACGGAGUCAACAGAAGAAGACGGGAUCAGAUUCCCCCCUUUGCCUUAGUUAGCAAUGUCUUAGCGCUCCGAUGGGCUCUUUACGUAUAGUAGAAAAGUAAGGAUGCAGAUUAGGGAGUCUGCCUCCAAAGCUGGGUGUGCUGUCUUAUCUGAGCAUGGGAUAUGAAAUCUUCCUUCUGCACCUUUUUUUUCUAUCUGGUUAAUUCUAGAUCUCAUAUCUCUUCCUAACCCCUCUAUAUCUCUUCCUUUGACUCUACCUAUCUUUGGCUGGCUUUCUGAAGUUUAACGUCAUGAGUGAAGUUAAGGUUUCCUCAAUCAUUCCUUCUUUAUUCAAGCGGAUGGCUUCUGUCUGUUGUCUUCAGCCUGAGCAGAAACAGAUGGUGACUCAGCAGGAAUGCAUCAAGGAAGAAGGGCUGCCAAAAAGCCCUAUGACAGUCGUGAUGCUGAAAGCAACGAAGCCAUUUGAAUUUGAGGCCCCAGAAGAGAAGCAAGAGAUGUUUCAUGCUACAGUGGCUACUGGGAGUGAAUUCUCUUUUUGUAAAAGUUUUCAAAAAAGCUAAAGGAAAAAAAAAAAAAAGCUAAAAAAUAAAUUCACUCCAAAGAAAAUAAUUAUAAUAUCAAAAUAUUAUUGGCACAUGUUCCUGGAUGUGAAGAGUGCCUCCCUUGUGUGUGAUGCUGAAUCUGACCACCAGAUCAGUGUUGUCCCAAAGCACGUUAUCAGAAAAGCUGGUGGAACCUCAAAGUUCAGCAAGCUUCAAACCUGGCCUCUUGGAGCAGUUGUGAAUGAGCUAUUUGUAGUCCAGAAGAAAACAAAACAGAGGAAUCAUAUAUAAUUUGACCUAAAUGACAAGACAAGGAGGAUGAAAGUACUGGUGCUUGGAAAAGAGAACAGAAUCCAGGUUGAGGAAGGGGAUAAACUUGACUUAACAUUCUUCGAAUUGUCAAAAACUGGAAGCAAACUACAGCUGAAACUUGGAGUUCAUAGUUUUCAUUAAUGUGGGAGGAAAGUCAGCUCUCCAGAGGGAUAAUAUUUUGUGUUUGCUUUCAGCAAACUGUACGGGUGCCACUGAACAGGAUGUGGUAUGGAAGACCCUGGUAUUCAGUACACUGACAUUUCUCCGAACUCAGGAACCUCCCUUUUAGGAAGUACACAUCCCAGGUGCCCAAUUAAGAGGACAUCGACUUCAUAUGGCAGAAACAGGCUGUGGUUCCCACACAGCCCCACAGCAGUUCACUGGUAAACUGUAAGUCUAAUGCAGACUAUUUGCCCAAAGCUGGACAAAUUAUUCUGAAAGAUGGAUACAAAAGUAGACACAGACCAGGUAUACCUUGAGGACAUAUUUCUCAGAGUCAACUCAGCUAUCCUUGCACCUACCAUAAUCUGGGGAAACUGAGUCAGGAUAAACUCCUACUCCUGUCCUUUCUUCUCUCCCUCAUUAGAAUGCAUCCUCCAUGGACAGAUGACUGGUAUAUUUAUACAGUGGAAUGCUACUCAGCCAUAAAAAAAAAUAAGAUAAUGCCAUUUGCAGCAACAUGGAUGGAACUGCUGAUUGCCAUUCUAAAUGAAAUAAGCCAGAAAGAGAAAUAAAAAUAUCAUAUGAUAUCACUUCUAUGUGGAAUCUAAAAAAAAAAAAAAAAGACAAAUGAACUUAUUUACAAAACAGAAACAGACUCACAGAAAUAGAAAACAAACUUAUGGGAGGGUGGGAAGGGAUAAAUUGGGAGUUCAAGAUUUGCAGAUACUAACUACUAAAUAU